AUGGAAAGCGCCAAGCUUAACUUGUCUUCUCUUAAAGACAAGAUCUCUUCGAAGCUCACCCUGGGUGCAGCGAAGAAGGAGAAAAAGUCGGGUUCUAAGAAAACUGGCUCCCAAGAGUCCAGUAAGUCCUCUGACAAGAGAGACAAGAAACUGAAGGAUAAGAAGACCGAUAAGAAGGCACCAAAGAACAGGGAGGUUACCGAAGAUGAAAAUGAGGACGAAGACAAAGUCCUUGAACGUGAAGCAUUAGCUCUUGGUGCAACCAAGGAAGAUCUUGCCCUUGUGAAUGGCUUGAAUGAGGACCAGAGCGAUGAGGAAUUUGCUGAUGCGGGAACCGACAAGAACCUCAAUUCAGAAUUAGCCAGUUUCAUGAAAGGCCUUGGUCUUUCUGGCGAGGUAGACGUUGUUGAAGACGAUGAUGUCUCUGAAUUGGAGGAAGACAUUCCAGAUUUAGUUGAAGAUGAAGCCUCCCAAGAGAAUGAAGAAGAGGAGGAUGAAGAAGAAGAAGAGCAAGAAGCAGAACAACCAGCUAUCCCUGCUAAGUCUGCUUUGCCUACCGCAGAAGCAGAAGUUGGAGAGCUUAUCAAGCCAAAGUCAUAUAAGAUUGACGAUGUCAGGUCCGUCAAGAGCGCUAAGCUUAAGAUCGAGAACAGAGUCGACUGGUUUAACAUCGAAGUUGAGCAGACCGAACCAGAAAAACUUGACCGUUUCGCUCUUGAGAGACUUAACGACAAGGCCAAGGAAAUCAUCGACAACGAGAACAAGACAUAUUUGCAAGAGUUCUCCUCAGACAACUCCCAGAAAAAGUUUUUGUCUCAGAUUCUUGCUGAUGGUACAUUGAACGAUAAAAUCUCCGCAUUGACCUUGUUGGUUCAAGAAGCCCCAUUGCAUAACAUAAAACCAUUCGAAACGCUUCUAAAUUACUGUGAGAAGAAGUCAAGAACUGCUGCAUUGCAAGCUGUGAACGCCAUGAAAGAUUUGUUCAUCAACAGUCUUCUUCCAGAUAGAAAGCUUGUCGCAUUCAACAAAGCGCCACUUACUCAAACUGCAAGUGACCUGAAGUUGGCUAUUGCUUAUUACGAAGAUUUCCUCAAGAAAAGCUACUUCAAGUUUAUCCAAGUGCUUGAAUACUUGAGUCAUGAUCCAAUUUUGCAUGUUCGUAUGACCGUUCUUUCGCAUAUUUUUGACUUGUUGACUGCUAAACCAGAGCAGGAAGUGAACUUGCUCAGACUUGGUGUCAACAAACUCGGUGAUAUUGAUAAUAAGGUUGCCGCAAAGACUUCCUACCAGAUCCUUCAGCUCGAGCAAGCCCAUCCAGCCAUGAAGAAAAUUGUCGUGGAUUCUGUCACUGACAUGGUGUUACAAAAGCAGAGUGAGUAUCAUUCUCAGUAUUACACUAUUUUAACCCUCAACCAAACGAUUCUCUCUAAGAAUGAAAUCGACCUUGCCAACUCUCUUGUCAAGACUUACUUCUCGUUGUUUGAGAAACUUUUGGUUGAGAGUGAUCCUGCUCUCAAAGAUAAGAAAGAGGACAAGACAAUGGGUCAAAGUGAACGUGGUAGAAAGAAUAACAGAAGACAAUUCAAGAAGGGUAAGAAGGGAGGCAAAUCUGAGAAGGUUCAGGAAAAGACUGAAGAAGAAGUUAUCGAAGAAAGGUCUUCCAAGAUGUUCUCUGCAAUCCUUACUGGUUUGAACCGUGCUUUACCAUACUCUGAUCUUCCGUCUGACAUUUACAUGAAGCACAUGGAGACGCUUUACAAGAUCACCCAUUCCACCAACUUUAAUACUUCCGUCCAAGCUUUGGUGUUGGUGUACCAUAUUAUUUCCGAACAAGAUUUGGAGUCUGACAGAUAUUACAGAACCCUUUACGAGUCCUUAAUGGAUCCUAGAUUGGUCAACUCAUCGAAGCAAGGUAUCUACUUGAACUUGCUUUUCAAAUCCUUGAAGCACGAUAUCCACAACAUGCCUCGUAUUCUUGCUUUUGUCAAGAGAAUCUUGCAAGUGUCUUCCCAUUGGGUUAAUGUCGCUGUCAUCACCGGUAUGAUGUUCCUUCUUAUGGAGUUGAGCAAGACUUAUCCACAAAUUGUCGAACUUAUGGAAGCUGUCAAAGACAGACCAGAUUUCCCAACGGAUGAGAUAAAUGAUUCCGAGAAAGAAGUGAAGAACGAGGUGGAGAAAGAGAAGGAGUACGAUCCAAAGAAAAGAAACCCUUCUUACGCAAACGCUGAGAACUCUUGUCUCUGGGAAAUGAACCACUUUGUGCUGCACUAUCAUCCUACAGUCUCCAUUUACGCAGACUCUUUCCUCACUGGAAAGCCUCAACCAAAGCCAGACUUGGGUCUUUACACUUUGGCCCACUUCUUGGAUAGAUUUGUCUACAAGAAUGCUAAAGCAAAGGGUACUACAAAAGGUUCUUCCAUUAUGCAGCCUUUGGGUGGUGGCCACACAGGUUCCCUUUUAAUGAAAGCUACGAAUAUGAAGUCCAACGAAGUGCCAGUUAACACCGUGAACUGGUUAGCCAAGAAGGCUGAAGAGGUGAGACCAGAUGAAAGGUUCUUCCAUCAAUACUUCACUGGUGAUACUUCCAAGAUCAGAAACAAGAGAGCACAAGCUAAGCUUGAGGGUGACGAUGAAGAGGAUGAUGAGGAGAAACUCGCUAUGCAUGACGACGAAGUUUGGGAAGCGUUGGUCAAGUCACAACCUGACGUCGAGGGUGAUGAUUUAUCAGAUGAAGGUGGCUUUUCUGACUUUGAUGAAGCAGACUUUGGUGACAUGAGUGACGACGACGACGAUGCAGAUGCCGAUGCCGAUACCGCAGCGCUUGCUGAGGCGUUCGGCGAGGAUGAUGAUAUUUCGGAGGGUGAGUUAGCUGCUUUUGAUGAGGCAGAGUUCGAGACCAAUAACGCAUCAGACGAUGAAAAUCUUAACAGCGACGAAAGUGCUGUUGAAGAUGAUGCCGAUGAGGAUGAAGAUGAAGAUGUGUUCGGCGUUAACGAUGAAGAUGAAUAUGAUAGUGAUGAGGCUGUUGCUGAAGAAUCUAGCAAGAAGAGAAGCCGAGAUGACACGGCAAAGAAGCUGAAGAAGCCCAAGUUACUGAGCUUGCCUACAUUUGCAGAUGCAAGUGACUAUGCCAAGUAUUUAGAGUCUGACGAAGAGUAA